AAGGUGAAACACCAACCAAUAAAAACAAUUUAUUUAUUUUGCAAAUAUUCCUAAUUGGUAUGCUUUAAAAGAGCUAAGACAAACAAGUUUCCUUCCUCAGAUCUUAUAUCAGUCAAAUUCAUUUCUCAAUCAAGCUAAACCCUAAAUCCAUCUCCCAAAAAAAUCAUUUCUCAAUCAAGCCGUAAUCGCCGGGAGCAACCGUUACCCCCAGACGCGAAAUCGCCUCGAUAGUCUCUGAAUUUGAGGACACUUGAUGGAUAAUAACAAUUGGAGGCCUUCCCUUCCAAGUGGAGAUCCUGCCAUGGAAACAGGUGACUGGAGAGCUCAAUUGCCACCUGAUUCACGCCAGAAGAUUGUCAACAAGAUAAUGGAAACACUAAAGAAGCACCUUCCAUAUUCUGGACCAGAAGGGAUUAACGAGCUCAGGAGGAUUGCUGCCAGAUUCGAGGAGAAAAUUUUCAGCGGUGCUGUUAACCAGACUGAUUACCUUCGGAAAAUAUCCAUGAAGAUGCUGACUAUGGAGACUAAAUCGCAAAAUGCAGCUGGCUCUUCCUCAACUAUUCCUACCGCUAAUAAUGGCACAUCCAUGGAUUCAAUGCCCACCAAUCAAGGGAACCUUCUUCCGGGAACGUUACCAAACAAUCAAUCUCAAGCACCUCAGCCGUUGCUGCCCCAAACCAUGCAGAACAAUACAGCCUCUGUAAUGAUGGGUUCUUCUGCUUUGCCAUCCUCCAUGCCGCCGGUUUCUUCCAUGACCCAUAAUAACGUCGCAAGCGUUGUGAACCAGAAUUCCAAUAUGCAAAAUGUAGCCGGAAUGUUGCAAGAUUCAUCUGGGCAACAUGGCCUUUCAUCGAAUAUGUUUCCUGGAUCCCAAAGGCAGAUGCUGGGCAGACCGCAUGCUAUGUCUUCACAGCAACAGCCACAGUCACAGAGUGCACAAUAUCUUUAUCAGCAACAGCUACAGCAGCAACUUCUCAAGCAGAAUUUUGGGUCAGGGAAUGUUCCUAACCCCAGUUCGCUUUUGCCAUCACACAUACAACAACAGCAGCAACAACAAAAUGUGAUGCAGCCCAAUCAAAUGCAUUCGUCUCAACAGUCUGGUAUUCCAACAUCUGCGACCCAGGCCUCCUCUGUGAGCUCAGCUCCUCUACAGGGUCUCCACACAAAUCAGCAAUCAAGUCCCCAAUUACCUGGGCAGCAGACUACGACACAGGCUAUGCUUCGUCAGCAUCAAUCUUCGCUGCUAAGGCAACAUCCGCAAUCACAACAAGCCUCUGGAAUCCAUCAGCAGCAAACUUCAUUGCCGCAGCAGUCAAUUUCUCCUCUACAACAGCAGCAAUCCCAAAUGAUACGGCAACAAGCUGCAAACAGCUCAGGCAUCCAACAGAAGCAGAUGAUGGGACAGCAUCUUGUUGGGGAUAUGCAGCAGCAGCAACAUCAGCAAAGGCUACUGAACCAACAAAAUAAUAUGAUGAACAUGCAACAGCAGCAGCAACCGCUGCAGCAGAAGCAACAGCCACCGGCCCAGCAAUUGAUGUCUCAACAAAACAGCCUUCAGGCUACGCAUCAGCAACCACUGGCCACUCAAAGCAAUGUUAGCGGAUUGCAGCAAAGCAAUGUUACCGGAUUGCAGCAACCACAACAACAGUUGCUCAAUUCCCAGGUUGGCAAUUCGAACUUGCAGACUAACCAGCAGUCGGUGCACAUGUUAUCACAGCCAACGGGGAUGCAACGAACACAUCAGGCUGGCCAUGGCUUGUUUCCUUCUCAGGGCCAACAGUCACAGAAUCAACCAUCCCAACAGCAGAUGAUGCCUCUUCAGUCGCAUCAUCAGUUAGGUUUGCAACAGCAACCUAAUCUACUACAACAGGAUGUGCAACAAAGGCUACAAUCUUCAGGCCAAGUCACAGGUUCCCUGCUUCCACCUCAAAAUGUCGUGGACCACCAGAGACAACUAUAUCAAUCCCAAAGAGCCCUUCCAGAGAUGCCAUCAUCAUCGCUUGACUCGACGGCACAGACGGAAAAUGCAAACGGAGUUGAUUGGCAAGAGGAGGCUUUCCAGAAGAUCAAAACAAUGAAAGAGGCGUACUUGCCAGAUCUUAAUGAAAUCUAUCAGAGAGUUACAGCCAAGUUGCAGCAAGAUUCUCUUCCACAGCAACAAAGAUCAGAGCAGUUUGAGAAAUUGAAACAAUUCAAGACAAUGUUGGAGCGAAUGAUACAAUUCCUAUCCGUUUCAAAGACCAAUAUCGUGCCUGCAUUAAAGGAUAAGGUGACUUUUUAUGAGAAGCAGAUUAUAACUUUCUUAAAUAUGCACAGACCGAGGAAACCAGUACAGCAAGGGCAGCUUCCGCAAUCUCAGAUGCAGCCCAUGCAGCAACAGCAAUCUCAGAACGUUCAAGAUCAGUCUCAUGAUAGUCAAGCAAAUCCGCAGAUGCAAUCAAUGAGCAUGCCGGGUUCUUCUGGGCAAAGGGCACAACAGAGUAGUCUGACAAAUAUGCAGAACAGUCUUCUAUCAUCUCGUCCUGGAGUUUCAGCUCCACAGCAGAACAUUCCCAGUUCCAUGCCAGCUUCUAGUCUAGAGUCAGGCCAAGGAAAUGCACUGAAUAAUGCCCAGCAGAUUGCCAUGGGAUCCAUGCAACAAAAUACUUCUCAACAACAACAAGUAAAUAACAGUUCUGCAUCUGCUCAAAGUGGGUUAAGCACACUGCAGUCUAAUGUUAAUCAAACCCAGUUAAGUUCCAGUUUGCUUCAGCAACAACACAUGAAGCAACAGCAAGAUCAACAAAUGACGCAGCAGUUCAAACAGCAGUUUCAACAGCGCCAGAUGCAGCAGCAGCUAAAGCAGCAGAUAAUUCAGCAGCAGCAGCAACAGCAACAGCUACAAGCAAGACAGCAAGUAGCGCAAAAUGAUAUGAAUGAUUCGACAGCGAGGCAGGGAAUGAAUGCCGGCCGUGGGAUGUUUCAGCAACAUUCUCUGCAGGGUCAGCGUGCUAACUAUCCCCUUCAACAGUUAAAACCUGGAUCCCAGCUUCCUGUUACGUCACCUCAACUUAUGCAAGGUCAAUCUCCUCAGAUGAUACAACAACAUAUGUCUCCUCAGAUCGACCAGAAAAUUGCGAUGUCAUCUGUCAACAAGACGGGAACUCCACUGCAACCUGCAAACUCCCCCUUUAUUGUCCCAUCUCCUUCAACCCCCUUGGCACCGUCCCCUAUGCAAGUUGACUCUGAGAAACCUUCUGGAGCUUCUUCGUUGUCAAUGGGAAAUACUGCACGCCAACAAGCAACUGGCAUGCAAGGUGUAGUUCAGUCCCUUGCGAUUGGCACUCCAGGGAUCUCUGCCUCUCCUCUCCUUCAGGAGUUUAUUACUCCUGAUGGAAAUAAUUUAAAUCCUUUGAUAAUUACAUCUGGAAAACCAAGUGGGACUGAGCUGCCUAUGGAACGCCUUAUCAGAGUGGUGAAGUCCAUCUCACCACAGGCACUUUCUUCUGCAGUAAGUGACAUCGGAUCUGUUGUAAGCAUGGUUGAUAGGAUAGCUGGUUCAGCCCCAGGAAACGGUUCAAGAGCUUCAGUUGGCGAGGACUUGGUUGCAAUGACCAAGUGUCGUCUCCAAGCAAGAAACUUUAUGACGCAAGAGGGAAUGAUGGCGACCAAAAAAAUGAAGCGUCACACAACCGCGAUGCCAUUAAGCGUUUCUUCAUUAGAAGGAAGCGUUGGUGACAACUACAAGCAGUUUGCAUGUUCGGGAACAUCUGAUCUGGAAUCUACUGCGACUUCUGAUGGCAAGAAGGCAAGAACUGAGACCGAUCAUGCCCUUUUGGAGGAAAUCAAGGAGAUAAACCAGCGGCUGAUAGAUACAGUUGUUGAGAUUAGUGAUGAUGAAGAUGCUGCUGAUCCUAGUGAGGGAGCAACAGCAAGGAAAGGGUGUGAGGGAACAACAGUAAAAUUUUCGUUUAUAGCUGUUUCUCUCAGCCCAGCCUUGAAGGCUCAUCUCUCAUCAACCCAAAUGUCUCCUAUUCAACCAUUGCGUCUGCUGGUACCUUGUAGCUACCCCAACGGCUCUCCAUCUCUCCUGGAUAAACUCCCGGUCGAAACCAGCAAAGAGAACGAGGACCUUUCGUCCAAAGCUAUGGCAAGAUUCAACAUUUUGCUAAGAAGUCUGUCACAGCCUAUGUCGCUCAAAGACAUAGCCAAGACAUGGGACGCUUGCGCUCGGACGGUGAUCUGCGAGUACGCACAGCAGUUUGGUGGUGGAACUUUCAGCUCAAAAUACGGUACAUGGGAGAAAUAUCUAGCCGCUUCCUGA